GUUAUCUACUACCUUGACUUUAGCUUAACUCCCUGCUCUGCCACUGUGUAUUUUAGUCCAUGUCCAAAACUCGGGUUUUAAACCCCCUCCGGAUCCACUCCGACUCGGCUCCCGUUCCCCCACUUUUUGACUUUAAAAUCCCACCACCUCUCGCUCCACCCAUCCCCCCAUUCCCGUACUCGACCGUCCAAGAGUCUCGUUCAACUCGAUCGCCAUCUCUUGUCUUCUCUUCUCUCUGCCGUCUCCUCUGUUUCUUAUCUCCUUCAUCUCUCUCUCUCUCUAUCUCCCUUCCUUCUCUCUCUAUCUCAACUUCAACGGUUUCUUCUUUGAUUGUGAUUUGGGUUUUGGUCUCGUUUUCCUCAGUCCAUCUUCUCCCUCAUCUUGUCAUUUUCUCAUCUUUUGCUUGUCCUCCCUCCCUGUGAUUUGAUAACCUCGGGUUGACAGCAUCCUCGAGCACCUCCUCUCUUGAACGCUAAGAAGGACCCUUUACCUGUUCUGUCUUCACAGUUGACUCGACUGCUUCUGUCUUUAGGUUAGUCUUUCACCUCUCUCCCUCUUUCGGUCCAUCUGGUCAGUGUUGACCGGCGAUCGGUCUGACAUGCCACGUUUUUUUUUUUUUUUACUUCUUUGCCGCCUCGAACACCUCCCUGCCUCCGAAUCUCCAUUGUCACCCUCUUCUCGGGAUUCCAUCGAUCGCCGUCUGACCCGUCGUUCUUAUCGUCAAUCCUCCUUAAAUAGUUCAUUCUGAAGAUGUCCGCCGAUCACGCUCAACCACCCAGCGGCUCUGCUGCAAACCCUGCUAGUGGUUACGGCCCUCAAGGUGGCACCCAGGGUUAUGAAGCGUACGCUCAGCAGUAUGCUGCGUACGCCCAACAGCAGCAACAACAAGCCCAAGCCCAACAACAAGCUCAAAACCAGCCGUCCGCCUUCCCGGUCGGUACUGCUACCACUGCCUCCACCACCCAGAGCGCUUAUGGCAACAACAACGCCGCGGUCCCCGCUGCCGCUGGCUCUGGCGCGCCUCCGGCCAGUCAGCCCCCCAACCCAUACACCGGCAACCCUGAAGGAAAACGUGCCCAUCUUUACGUCGGAAACCUUAGCCCACGUGUGACUGAGUACAUGCUCCAAGAAAUUUUCUCCGUUGCUGGCCCAGUUCAGGGAGUGAAAAUCAUUCCCGAUCGUAACUUCCAACACGGCGGACUCAAUUAUGGUUUUGUUGAAUAUUAUGAAAUGCGAUCAGCUGAGACGGCUCUACAAACUCUAGGGGGCCGCAAGAUAUUUGACACGGAAAUUCGGGUCAACUGGGCCUACCAAAACUCCCAAAGCAACGUCAAAGAGGACUUGUCGACGCACUAUCAUGUUUUCGUUGGCGAUCUUUCACCUGAAGUAAACGACGAAGUUCUUGCCAAGGCAUUCGCCGCUUUUGGCUCCUUGUCUGAUGCCCGAGUCAUGUGGGACAUGAACAGUGGCAAAUCCCGAGGUUACGGCUUCUUGGCCUUCCGGGACAAAACAGACGCGGAGCAGGCCAUCGCUACAAUGAACGGCGAAUGGCUCGGCUCUCGAGCGAUCCGCGUAAACUGGGCGAACCAGAAGAAUCAAGGAAUGGCUGCCACCCCGGGUGCUGUCAUUGCCCCUGGCAUGGGUAGUGGGGGAAUGAACCGCGGUGGGUUCGGAGGUGCCACCAACUACGAAGCAGUUGUGCAACAAGCCCCUGCCUAUAAUACCACCGUUUACACCGGUAACUUGGUUCCUUAUUCCACUCAAGCCGACCUCAUCCCCCUGUUCCAAGGGUUUGGUUACAUUGUGGAAAUCAGAAUGCAGGCCGACAGAGGAUUUGCCUUCGUCAAAAUGGAUACCCACGAGAAUGCUGCCAUGGCUAUUGUCAACCUGACUGGUACCCCCGUUCACGGGCGACCCCUCAAGUGCUCUUGGGGUAAAGAUCGAGCCUCUGCUGACCCCAACUCUGCCCCUGCUUCGGGAAUGCCGAUGGCUCCGGUCGCGGGUAUGUACGGCAUGCCCCAAAUGUAUGGCAUGCCCCAGGCCGGCUACCCUCAAUAUUCCGGCUAUCCUCAAUAUGCAGCUGGACCUCAAGGUUAUGGCCAACCUGGUUAUGCCGUGCCUCAACAAGCGGCUGCGACCGCCGAAACUACCCCUGCUCAGCCUUAAACAACACACAAAAGAAUAAAAAGCCGGUGAAAGACGCUCUCAGAUUCAAUCAAGUCAUGUCAUCUCUGACUAGCAUUGCCCAUUGUCACCCUCCGGUAUAGUUCCCAACAUCAUUCUUAAAUUUACUGCAUGUACAUUCUUCAGUACCCAACCUGUCAGAAUCACGUAAAAAUGCUGUAGACAUCUUACCUAAGAAGUAUGAAUGUCACUAGUUUGGAAUCUUCCAUUCAUCUCGGCCCGCAAUUAAUACCUAGUAGGGGACUAUUCCCCAACAAAUUGACCAUGCAUUCCAACUGCGUUCAUUUGAUUUGCCUGCUAUCCAGCAAUUUUACAUCCCUGCACUUGAUCUCUGUGGCAUGUUUCUGGAGAAGUAUGCUGACCGCACCCGAGCCAUAUACGCGUUGAUCUGUGAGGUCUUGUCCCCUGAUGUAGCCAUCUCUGCUUGAACAUCCCAG